ACAUUGGGAGCGUCUUACGAGAGUGCCUACCUUGCGGUGGUCGAUGAGCUACCGACCGAAGAUGACACACUCACGGAAUAUCCGAUUCGGUCUCACUUGAAGGUGAUCAUGACCGUGGUACUGUCCGGGUGUAUCAUGGUCCUGGCCAUCAUUGUUGUCAUUGUGUGCAAGAAACUCAAGCGGGAAAAGGUUAAACACCAGUGGACCAAGAAGGUGAUCGUCCUGCAACAACCGCCGGUCACUGAGAAUUGCAUCCCCGGGAUGACGAAAGCGAUGCAAAUGCCUAUUAUUCGCACUGAGACACAGCGCUCGACCCUAGACUCAACGAUGGUCUCCGAGUACGAAUUUCCGAUCGAUCUUAACUGGGAAUUCCAGCGCAACAAGCUUAGUCUAGGCGAAAGUUUGGGUGAGGGUGCCUUCGGUAAGGUCGUCAUGGCCGAGGCUCAGGGUCUGGUCAAGGACCAAGCUUUGACGAUUGUGGCCGUAAAAAUGUUGAAAGAGAAUCAUACGGAUGCUAAUGUUAAAGGUCUUGUCUGUGAAAUGGAGAUCAUGAAGAUGAUUGGGAAACACGUCAAUAUCAUCAAUCUGCUCGGAUGUUGCUGCACGGAUGGACCCUUGUACGUAAUUGUCGAAUACGCUCCCCAUGGUAAUUUGAAGGACUUCCUGCGGAGUCAUCGCUUUGGACUGGCAAAUGACUUUGUUAAGGUCAGUGAAGAGAGGAAAAAGGAGAUUCUUAUCGAGAAAGAGUUGAUAUCGUUCGCCUAUCAAAUAGCCCGUGGUAUGGAGUAUCUUGCAUCGAGAAGCUGUAUUCAUCGUGACUUGGCUGCACGAAAUGUGCUAGUAAGUGACGGUUACGUGAUGAAGAUAGCUGACUUUGGCCUAGCUCGGGACAUCCACAGUCAAGAAUACUACCGUAAAACGACCACCAGCAAACUUCCCAUCCGAUGGAUGGCUCCAGAAUCUCUCGAGGAGAAUUUCUACGACUCCCAAAGUGAUGUGUGGUCAUUUGGAGUUCUUCUGUGGGAAAUAAUGACACUCGGUGGCUAUCCGUACUCUGCCAUCCCUGCUUGGGACAAUUUGUUGGAGCACCUCAAGAAAGGCAAACGGCUUGAGCAGCCAUCGUUAUGUUCGGUAGAUAUUUACAUGUUUAUGCUCAGUUGUUGGCACUAUCGACCGGAAGAACGACCAACCUUCAAUGACAUCGUCCAACACCUGGAUCGGUUGGUGAGCUUAACGGCCAACGAGGAAUACCUCGAUCUGAGCUUACCUCUGCCAGAAAUUUCACCCUCGAGUAACGACGACGAAGAGGAUGAAUUGGAUAUGGAUGACGGCGGGACUGAUUACCGGAUGUAUCCGUCCAAACACCACAAGACCGACUUUACUUACUUAAGAAUCGAAAAAAAGUGA